GCGCAGUGGUUUCAUAACGGUGCACCAGUGAAGUAUGAUAGCACACCAGGUUCUCCAGUGGUGCGAUUUUAUAACAGCGCAAUGAAGCAUUACCUGCUUAUCGAUAAUAUCACCAGUGAUAACACUGGAAGCUAUGAAAUCGACAUUGACGGUACCAGAAAGACAAUCAAUAUCGUCGUAUCCACAGGCGCCAGGGCAGAUGCAGUGGUCAAGAAGCAGUGCUUCAGCGGGAACAACUGUAGUGUGGUCGAAUGUGCAUCGGACGAGUAUCUCUGUCAGAAUGAUAACUUUUGCUUGCCACGGAUCGUCAUUUGCAAUGGUCAGCGCGACUGCACCGAUAAUGUUGACGAAGCGAACUGUAACACUGUGCUGCAGCAUUCCAACAAAAAGCUGAAGUGGCCAACAGCUCGGCCGACCGUCAAAUGUCCCGAUGGUUCGAUGCCUGAAUUUAGUCUGUAA